AGUAACUCUGUUGCCUUAAAUUACAUACUUUAAUCGUAGCAAUUAUUAUUUGAUUUGAAGUAACAAUGUCAAGUUACGAGUUUGCCAACCACAAUUCGAACCACGGACACGAUUUAGAAAAAAAGAAAAAACAAGAAAGGAAAAAAUCCAUACUUUAUUUGAUUGAAAAUUAUCUAAGAACGGAAGGAUACCACGAAAGUGCAUCCGUUUUGGCGAACGAGGCUUGUCUGAACACAGCACAGUACGCGGUUUGCGACAACAUAGACUUGGACACUAUACUUAUGGAAUACGAGAAUUAUUAUUUUGUAAGAUACCAAAAGAAACCGAAAAUCAGCAAACAGUUAACGACCGAAUGCAACACUACAGCUGGUAAACGCAACAAAAUUGCGAAUAAACAUUUUAAGAAAACGGUAUCACCGCCAACGGUACAAGACGUCGUGCCUCUCUUGUUGGACACUAGUUUUAUAAGUGUCACUCCGGUGGUUAAUAACACUUGCGGGAAACCUAUGGAAGACGACCAACACGAAUCAACGCUUUCGGUGGACCUAAGUCAUUGGAAAAACGAAUGGCUCGAUUAUGCCAAAAUUAUAUCAAAAGAAAUUUUGAUGAAUAAUCCUAAUGUAAAAUGGUCAGACAUCAAAGGCCUGUCGACGGCCAAACGAUUACUCGACGAGGCAAUUGUAAUGCCAACCAAAUAUCCAGAUUUGUUCACCGGGCUGUGCACUCCUUGGAAGGCAAUGCUUCUUUACGGUCCACCGGGAACAGGAAAGACUUUGUUGGCCAAGGCCGUGGCUACCGAGUGCAAUACGACGUUUUUCAACGUUAUGCCUAGCACGUUGAUCGCCAAGUGGAGAGGAGACUCUGAAAAGCUCAUUAAAACCAUGUUUGAAAUGGCAGAACAAAUGGCGCCCAGCACGAUAUUCAUCGAUGAACUCGACGCCAUUGCGUCCAAACGAAUCGAUCACGAAGCAACCCACAGAUUAACGUCUCAAAUAUUAAUGCACAUGGACGGCUUGCUAAGUUCUAACAAACGCGUUUUUCUGCUGGCCACUUCUAAUCACCCGUGGGAAUUGGAGACGGCCAUUGUUCGUCGACUAGAGAAACGCAUUUUCAUAGAUUUGCCAGACGAGCAAGCUAGGAACGAUAUGUUCGUUUACUAUCUGUCAGAAAUGUUAAAGAAUAACAAGUACAUCCGCUGUAAAAUCGACAGCGACAUUCUGGCACAACGGACCAACGGCUACUCCGGUUCGGACAUAAGACUCGUGUGUAAAGAAACAGCCAUGCAAACGAUGCGUUCGAUAUUUAAAGGGUUGGGACACAAACCGGAGAACGUUGGCCAAUUCAAUAUAACCACAGAAGAUGUCUGCACUGCUAUUGCGAAAACCAAACCUUCGACGGCUAAAUCCGACAACGUCAAGUAUCAAUCGUGGCAAACUCAAUACGAAUCCGUGUAGAGCCAUUGUAAAACAACAUAAUAUAUUGUAAUAUAUAUUAUAUUACCUACGACUAGUUUUCAAAAAUGUCCCUAACAUACAAUUUUAACGGUGGUAACUUUUUGAAUUCCGGUAUAUUGUUCAAGUAC